AUGCUGGUGCGAUCACAUUAUCCCAAAAAGAAAUCGUUGAGAAAAGGUUUUGAGCGUCUCCUGCGUGGACCUCUGGAGAAGCGUGUGAAGCCUUCACGCACUGAACUCCAGAAGGCAGAGAAGGAGAAGAAAGUAAAGGAGAAGGAGAAGGGAAAGUCACAUACCCAAGCAUCCGCAUCAUCGACAUCGAUAUCGGCAGCAAAACCUUCGAUACCCUCCGAAGUAGAAAGACUCGGAGCCCUGGCUUCGGAAACAUAUCUGUUACCAGAAACAUCGAAACCUCUUUUAGAGAGCAACGUCGAAAGCCCCGUGGUUCAGAAGCAGAUAUUUAUUGGAACACACGACAUCAGCGUCGACGAGUCCAACAUCACUGCCACCGACCCUCAGGAUCAAUCUCAGGCACGGACCCUUUAUCCUUUGGAAUACAACACUCUUACCUCAACUCCCUAUUCCGAGCCAUACUCGUUACCAAUAUCAGAGCAAGACAUCCAGUAUACUGCUCCCAGUUUUACCUCCUCUAUCACCUCUGGCUUGGAAUUUGAUAUCAAUGACAGCUUUACCCUGCCAGAGUCAACCUUUAGUGCUCCCUCUUUUCAGAGCCCUCUAGUACCAGACUACGACCAAGACUUUGGUAACCACUCCGGCCUUGCUUGGCCUUCAGACAUGGGACAAGACAUGCAACAUGAACUGCCGCCACCUGCCCCCAUCUUCUCCCCCUCUUCUUCUGCUGGACAGGAUUUGAGUUUAGUCAAAACAACAUUUGAUGGUGACUAUUCAACCCGCCAAGCGGUCACGUUCGAUGGCAGUUUGGACUUGAACUUCAUAGCCCAAAGUUCUGUCGAAAUGCUCCAACGUUCGUCCCCUAUACAAGUUAUGAGUUUCCCGCCAGGCAUCGCCAAAAAGACGAAAUGUCCCAGUGGUGCAUUAAUCGAAAUCGAACAGAUCCUGUACGCCUGGAUAGAGUUCGAGUCUCAUCACCUCCCAUUCCCACCUACCCGGCCAUACUUCGUCGUAUACAAUGACUUCACAGGCGACGAUGGUAUUCAUAUGACCUUGGGCCGUGAUUGGGUCAACAAAGUCGAACAGGCCUGUCAUCAAAGUGGCUUCCAAGGUCAACUAUAG